UAUGUUAUUGUUGCAGGGCAAAGUGACUGUGAGGGGAUCGGUGGGCAGUGCCUCAAUUGGCAGAAUUAUUUAUGUACGGCUGGAUACGAGACGGGGUUGUGCCCUGGGGAUUCCAAUGUCAGAUGCUGCCUCCCCUGCAACCAGGCCUGUAUGGAUCAGGAAGCAGAUUGGUCGUCUGGAGAUGGAGAGUGCGUGGCGGAAGGCGGGCGGUGCAUGAUGGAUUCCAAUUAUUGUGCAUACACCUGGCAGUCGGGGAAAUGCGGUGGACCAGCGGAUCGGAAAUGCUGCGUGCAGGGGGAUUGCCCUCGGAUCGUGAGCAGGGAGGAAUGGGGAGCUCGGCCACCGAACGGAGAGACCUUCAUGGAAACACCCGUCUCUUUCGUCAUCAUCCAUCACACGGAAGGACCGCAUUGCUACUCGCAAGCUGAUUGCAUCCCCAUCGUCCGGUCCAUCCAGAACUAUCACAUGGACAGCAACGGAUGGAACGACAUCGGUUUCUUCUAUGCUAGCUUCCUGGUGGGUGAGGACGGAAACGGAUACGAGGGAAGGGGCUGGGACAAAGUCGGUGCUCAUACCCCGGGUUUCAACGAUAGAGGAAUCGCCAUCUCCGUCAUCGGAUCCUUCAUGAGCAGUCUACCGAACAACGCGGCGUUGAACACCGUGCAAGGAAUCAUCGACUGCGGCAUCUCUUUGGGUUACAUCCGGUCCAAUUACGAGUUGCUCGGUCAUCGCCAGGCCUCUUCCACGGACUGCCCUGGGGAUGCUCUAUAUGAGGAAAUCACCACCUGGGAUCACUGGACCUCCAAUCCAUGAAGUACUGUCGUGGAGGGGAAUAUCCGUUUUCUCACAAUAAAGCAUAAACGUUGACAGG